GGUCAUGUGAUCAGCGUGUGGCUCCUGGGUUGGUUUUUGUAGCAGGACUCAGUUUGAGCUCUGUCAGUGUUUGUUCAGUCAGCAGAGGAACAUGGCUUCAUCCUUUCUGGGCUUUUCCCUCCUCUUCCUCAGCCUGAACGCAGCAGAUGGAUUUAAAAAUUAUGUGGUGGUCCGCUGUGUGUUCAACUCCACUGAGCUGAAGGACAUCGAGUUAAUUGUCUCUUUUUAUUACAACAAGGAUGAGAUUGUCAGGUUUAGCAGCUCAGUGGGGGAAUUUGUGGGCUACAAUGAGCUUGGAGUGAAUACUGCAGAGUACUGGAACAACAACCCUGCAGAGCUGGCGAAGAUGAGAGCAGGGAAGGAGAUCUACUGCAAACACAACAUUGGGAACUGGUACCCACACACACUGACAAAGAAAGUGGCGCCCUCUCUUGUCACACUGCGCUCGGUGACGCCCCCUGGUGGGAAACACACCCACAUGCUGAUGUGCAGCGUCUACGACUUCUUCCCCAAACACAUCAGUGUGAAGUGGCUGAGAGACGGAAAGGUCACGACCUCUGAUGUCACUUCCACUGAGGAGCUGGCGGACGGUGAUUGGUACUACCAGAUCCACUCCUACCUGGAGUUCACGCCCAGGUCUGGAGAAAAGAUCUCCUGCAUGGUGGAGCACAUCAGCCUGAGCAACCCUGUGAUCAGAGACUGGGAUCCGUCUCUUCCUGAGUCUGAGAGAAACAAGAUCGCCAUCGGAGCUUCAGGUCUGAUUCUGGGUCUGAUCUUAUCUCUGGCUGGAUUCAUCUACUACAAGAGGAAGAUGCAAGGACGGAUUCUGGUUCCCACAAACUGAGGCAGGAAUCCUGAAGCUUCAUCCUGCUGAGGGAAAAGGCAGCUGGGAGUUGCUCUGCUGUGUUUUCAGUGCUGCCCCCUGCUGGAGAGGAGGACAUCCAGGAUGGAGCUCAGCUUCCUGCUCACAGCCUCAGCAGCAGCUGUUUGAAACCUUUAGUGCCUUAACAGAUUCUCAUAUUUCUGUCUUUUCUGGAAUCAUAAUGCUCUGGGAAACGUUCUGUCACUCUGGUUUUCUGUCUCAGGUAGGAAAAUGCAACAUGGGCCAGAUGUGGGCCAGAUGUACUCCAGUAUUCGUUCCAAACUGGUGAAGCAGAUCAGCUCCAGUGUCUUUUUGCACAAUGGGCCUGAUUCGGUGUGGACUCACCUGUCAGAUCUGCAACAGUUUUGGGCCAGAACUGGUCCAGAGAAGCAAAAACCAAGUUAAUAUACGACCCAGAUCUGGCACAGAUAUGAUCAGCACUGGGCCGGAUGUGGUCCAGAUUUGUACCAAAGCUAUUUUCCAUAUCAAUGGACGAAUGGUCCAUUUUAUUAAUGUAUCAUACUUUAAUGUGUUUAAAUGGGCAAUUAAGUUUGUCUAUCUAUUAAGAGCAAUAAUGACAAUACAAUACAAUACUAUGCCAUUUAUUCAUGGUGACAUUAGGCACCACAACAUUGUACAAACUGCAACUCAACUUAACAGGUCUCUUCGUGCACACCUUCUCAGGGUGGAGUUAGAGACAACCCUUGUUUCCAUCUUGUACUUACGUCGUCAGGGUUCAGCACAGGAACAGAGAAGAGGAAGCAUUUACAGUGUUUUCAAACUCUAGGGCCUCACAGAAAAUCAGCAGGCAUGCAGUAGAAGUGUUAAUGGUUCAGUCAUUCUGACAACAUGUUUGUCUCCCACCCAAAAAGCUGGGUGAGGCUACAAACAAUAUUUUUCAACAUAUUAAUCCCUAAACCUGGCUUCACACAUGAGGCGUUUUUGAGACUGUAAAAGUUAAAGAAUAUCAAGGGCCAAAAAUACAUAAAAACAUUGAAAUUGAACACUGAUAUUUUACAGGCCUUAGUUUCGGGACCAAAACAUCAUAUAGACAAACUCUGAACAAAAACUGAGUCGGUGCUGCAGCCACUUUCCUGGAUUCUAACAGAUUUGACACCAAACAACCGUUAUGCUUUGGUGGCCAAAUAUGCUAACAGCUAGCGCUUUUGUAACGCUCAAUUAAAUGAUUUCUAACAGGUAUGCAGUUCUCUUACAACAGAAACAGAAACGAUAAGUCACUAAUACACCUGUGUUGUUUUAAUAUAGUGGUUUAGUGUUUUAACUACAUCAAUGCAACUAACGUUAGCUAACUAACGCUAGCAAUGCCAAAUAAUCUCCAAGCUAAUGCUAACUACACUAACAAAGGAAUAUGUAUAUAUGCAAAAUAUUAUGCCGACACCACAUAUCAAACAAAAGCCAGAGGCUAACGUUACAUCGUAUGAAGCUGCUUUGAACUGUAAACUCGCCGUUUAUAAGCAGAAGGCAGCACAUGUUCCCAGAGCCCGACGAGCACCGGGGGGCCUCUCCUCUAUGCUGUCCUGCUCCAGCUGCCGUCACACUGACCCUGUCGGAGCCACACCGCCUCUUUGACUCGCCGCUGUGCAGCUUUCUUACUCUCUUUUUAUGGCGGUUGACAUAAAAAGAAAUCCUACCACACUUAAAGGAUAUCCCAGUAUUAUUCAUGUAAUGUACUUAGGGAUAACUCGCCACACUGAUGUUGAUGUUGCCACCUUUCACGCAGACAAAUUAAGGACGCCGACCCCCCAAACACACACAGAGAGACUCAGCCACGUGAGGUGGAGGUCUAUUCAUUAUCCAUUCCAUUUUCUUUUUCUCACUCGCAUCUGUAUUUUUGAAGCCUUUUCACCAUUUUUUUCUCGGCGGAGUACUGUCCAAAUCAGCGGAGUCGGUGCAGCCGUUAUCAGCCAUGUUUGUUUCAGACGCAGCGACCUCCUGGUUCCUGGUUACCUGAUGCUGUUGCUAUGGCAGGGCAGGCACAGUGUAGCUUAGCAACACUGAGUGACAGUGCUUUGACCAAUGAACGGAGUGCAUACUCACUGAUGUGUGUGAAUGAUCUCUGCUCAUUGGUCAAACAGCAGGAGAGGGGGCAGACUCUCAAAAAUAAGGAACAAAGUGCAUCCCUUAUUGGUUCAAUAUUCGACGUGUCUUUCAGUUGCCAAAUACGGGACGAUUCCUUAUUUCAGGGGAUGGUUGGCAAAUCUAUUUUGCUCCGAACAGCAAAAUGGAUCUGAUUUGGUGCGUCUGUGUCUUUCUUCCCAACAGCUUGGAUUUGGAUAAUGGAUCUGUAACAGAUUUUGAGCGAGCCUGGCCCAGUACAGUGGAUAAAGCCAUGACAUGCGGUCUGUAUCUGGCCCAGAUCUGUGAUCCAUGCUUAUGAUAUGUGGUUUGGAUUUGGAUUUGGCCCAGCUCAGUAAUAUGAUAUAUGGUUUGGAUCUGCUGUAUGGGAGGUCUGGGGCAAAGCUGGUGCAGAGGCGUGUAACGGCGUGGCUGCUAUGCAGAUCUGGUGACUUGAGGGCGGAUCCGUUUCGGAGUGUACUGCUGUGUGGGGUGUCUCAGGAAAAGUGAAAAAAUGGGCAUAUGUGUCAUGAAAAGCUUUUAAAACUCAAAGUCUCAUGAAUAUCAAACCUGGGUUACACAGCUUUAAUAAAUGGUGUAAUAAUUACUGCUUGAUGCUUAUUGGCUGUGAUUUGGUCAAAUUAUUAACUAAUUAACUGAUGAGUAAAUAAUUACUUUAUUCACAUAAGCAAAGUACAAGCCACAGCGUGUUUUUCUUAAACAUUAAUCAUGUAUUCAGAAAUCAAUAAAUUAUAUUGAUCCAAGUA